AUAAACACGAUGGAAUCCUUUAUUACAAUUUGAAUAGCAUUAAAGUUAGCGUUGGUUAUAUGGAAGUUGUGGGCAAUGCGUUUGCUUCCAAUACGUCAGAUAAAAAUAGCGAUUUAGAAAAAUUAUUGAAAGUAUUAAGAUGCAAAUCAACAGAUCAACACGCCCAAAAAAUUGCAAUCAUUCGCAAUUCUCUUUUCGUUCCAUUUCUUGUGUAUGCAUCUAAUCGACAAUGUAUAGGAAAGAUCGUUGAAAUCAUCAAAAAAUUUAAA